CAAGGAUUCAAUAUCCGAAUUAAAACCUCCAGUAAAUUAGGACAAUGUGACAUGACUUGUGCUUUGAUUGCAAAAUUUCAAUGAAUAAAUCGAGGAUCGUAUAUUGAAUUUCAUUUUCUUUAGGAGUGAGAAUGUUGUUGGUCAGAGACGUGUAGGCGCGCCGUCUCGUUUCAGUACCUAGAGAUAUUAUAUAUUGUCUGAAGCAUAAUCCUCCUUGCUUUCUGGCUACCAUCAGCCAGCCCUUUUGACUUAAUCAAUUAACACAAUCAAUCGACUCUUCUAUUCUCCCAUAAGCAAUUGAAGUUUUCCGUGGACACAAAAGGCAUCUUUGCUUUUGCUACUCCACAUUCCUUCUCAAAAUUCAAAGUGGAAAAUCGACAUCGACAGGAAGCUGCCUCUUACAGUGCAUGGAACCGCCUGUACUGUCUUGAAACUUCGCAGGAUCUACAAUAACUGCACAGCUUGCAUAUAUCACCGUCAACCUCAAACUCGCAUUCAUUUACAGCAUUCAAGAAGCUCACCGCCUAUCGCGCAACAUACAACACCAUCAUGGUCAUUAGACAAAAAGCAUAGAAAGUAAAAAACUGGCUCAACAUUGCCAUGGCUUUAACUCCCUCAUCUGCACGCGCCGUGUCUGCUUCUGGUCGACUAACAUCAAUACCCGAUCCCCAAAUUGAAAUACUUUACAGUGUCGAUGGAGCCCGCAUUAUAUCGUUUUCAACACCACCGUCUACUUUAUCGCGGCCAAGCUCGAGUAAUGGGUCUGCGGAGGAGGAUACAGAGAUAGGUUGUUCGUUGAGGUGGUCAUCCCCAGUGGAAAGGACAAUCGCUGUCGGUACGCGCUUCAUGGCAAUCUGGUAUUUGCCUAGGAAAGAAUACUCAUGCUGAUAUUUUGGUGCAGGAACCUUGCGCAUAUAUAGAGCUCCCGAAUCGGUCGCGUUUUUGAACUGUCAAAAGGCUUUAAAGCCAAUAUUACCUCGAAGUCAAUGUUGGUUUAUUUCAGAUGAUGGAUCGAGCAAGUUUGUGUUGCAAGUACGGAAGUUGCAGGAGUAUUGGCGAAUCGAGAUAAGAAACACAACGCCCGAAGAAAUUAAACAAGUAGAAGAGUUCAAGAGGACAUUGGCGCAAGUGUUGUUGUACGAAAAGACUCCUUGUCCAUUUCAAAGAACGUUUUCAAUUGAUCUUCCGAUCGUUCCGCAGAUACCUGCCAUGCAAAAACCGUGGAGGCCAGUACAGAGGUCAUCAUCGAGGAUUCCUUUACCUAGGGGUGAUCUUUAUCCUAUUGCUUCAAAGUCAUCCUCGCUGACCCGGAGCUCGCCAAAGCUCUCAUGCACAAGAACCCGCUCUUCUUCCCCACUUGAAGCUCCUGCAUUGCAUCAAUCCGCGUCUUGCCCCACAAAGACAUGCACAUCGGACCUGCAAACCCAAGAAGAAACGCCGGAAGCAUCUUCAGCCAGAUCAACGAACCUCAGCGUACAAUUUCCGACCUGUCCACCCCAAAAUCACCCCGCUGAAUCCCAUCAGACAGAACAUGAUUGCUGUCCAUCAGAAUCUGUGAUUCCUGCCCAGCCCCAUUUAGAGUUUGACGAGGGUGAUGACACUGAUGCGACCGAUGACACCAAUGUCACACCAAGGAAUCCCGUCCUGUCAUCAUAUCCGCAAUCACCUCUUGGAUCUAGAUCUCGGUCACAAGCAUUACAACACUGUAGUCGAUCAAUAACGGCACCUCCUGUGCUCUCUCUAAUCACCAGUCCACCUUCAAAGCGUCGAACUAGGUCGCCAGUCAGGAAAAUUGUCGUUGGUGACCCUGAAUCGGAGCUUUCAUCAAGCGUCGAGUCAUUUCACUCUACGCAAUCAUGGCACUCUCCGCUCGAUGUACCACCAUCACCACCUCUCUCGAGUCCUUCAUCACCUAGCACAUUUCCCUACCCGCACGAUAAUAUUAUACUUCCAAAGAAGGUACACCCUACGCGUACAAUUUCACAGCUCAAUGUAACCCCUGAGGUACACGGAGUAUGGCAAACAUCUUCGCUCAUUAAUGCAUCGCCUCGAAGUUUGUCACCAGCUCCAAGAACCCCGACUUUGAUCAGCGAUGGUGGAAAGUCUGAAGAUGAGGCCUCCGAGAUCAUAACCCCACCACCCCCAAAACUGAGAAAUUGUGGUAUUACAAAUAGCGAUUCAAGCAUAAGGACACUAUCACCUCUUCCUUCAGCGGUGAAUCUGUUCUCCCCACCACCGGGGUCAAGACGACUACAAACUGCUCGACAUCUCCCAACGGCAAUCAUCCAAAAGACAUGCGAAAUUCUUCUAAGUCCGCCAAGCCAUCUACUACACAUCAUGAUGAAUAUUGCAUCCAAGAUUGCAGCAGGGGAAUGGAGAGGCGUGCUACUUGGCGAAGGGGAGGCUGUGCAUUGGGAUUUUACCGAGGACGAAUAUCAUGGUGAAACCUGGACUGAGGAUGACUUUGGAUUUAGGCUUACACCCACGCCUUCGAGGAGGAGGGUGAGUUCCUCAGGACCCAAGAACAGCACGGCAUCAGGCGAGAGCUGGGAACUCGAUUAGAGCAUUUCUUUAUACACUAUGAACCUCUCAUUUGUGAUAUUAUGAUAUUUUAAUCGUGACUUGGUCUGGAGAUAUUCAAGGAGUUUUGGUGGGAAAGCCAUGCGAUUACUAAUUUGGUUGAUAUGGUGUUUAUGAUUUUCAUGGAGCGUAAUUUGGGGAUGUAGAAAUAGUAUGGAUAUGACGCGUUAAUAUCAUGGCACAUGCCAUAUGAAAUAUCAUUGGAGUCGCUCUUUCGACGCA